CAUAACCAAGAAAUAGUCACUGUUGACAUGGGGGCAUAUUUUCUUUCUAGGUAUAAUCUGGAAUUAUCUCGUUCACAUAAUGCCAGCUCAUAAGCAUUUACCCAUGAAAUUAAUAAGUUAGCCAUAGAUAUAAAAAAAAGUUAGAGAAAUUGAAAAACAGAACCCCUGGGGCGCCUGGGUGACUCAGUCAGGUAAGUGUCCAAGUUCGGCUCAGGUCACGAUCUCAAGGUUUCGUGGGUUCCAGCCCCGCGUCGGGCUCUGUGCUGACAGCUCGGAGCCUGGAGCCUGCUUUGGAUUCUGUGUCUUCCCCUCUCUCUGCCCCUCCCCCGCUCAUGCUCUGUGUCUUUGUCUCUCAAAGGUAAAUAAAUGUUAAAAGAAAACAAAACAGAACCCCUGCUGCUGUAUCUAGUAUCUGUGGGAAAGAUGAUGUCCCCACCCUUUUUGCACUAGGAUGGCACUAUGACUCUAAGUGGCAAGCAGAAAACUGCAUGGAAGUCAGAGAACUGGUGACCUUGGGCAAGUCCCUUGCCCUCUGUGGGGGCUAUUUGUACCCGCUCUACUCACCUGCCAUGUGCCGCAAGGCUCAGGUGAGGUCUGUGGUUGUAAAGCCUUGAGCUCCCCAAGGGGAGGGAGGGCCUGAUUUAGAGUAAGAGCAGGUCACGUGAAGACGGGUGUGUGUGUGUGUGUGUGUGUGUGUGUGUGUGUGUGUGUGUGUGUGGCUUCUUUUCCAACCUGCAGUUUGCUUGGUGAUCCUUCUGAAGACUUCGGUCUCCUCGCUGGUGACCUGUGAUCUGUGGAGUCUUGUGCCUGCGUCCGUGGGCGGUCCCUGGAUAGCAGGGACAGCCACCCCCACCUCAGGGUGGGUGGGGUGAAACCUCUACAAGUUACUGCAUCUGUCACCGCGAAGGGAUUUUCAGAUCAGACAGCCUCCCUGCUCUGGAGGUCAUGGUGGAGUUUGGUACUUUGGUACUUGAUAUUUUUCUCCUGCUACAGCUUCUGUGGACGGCCUGCCCCCGGGGAGGCCCUGCCCCGCUGGCAGGUGGCCGAGAACCUGCACUCUGCUGGGCCGUGCUGUUCCCCAAAGCCCUCUGGGUCACCAUUUACAGGAAGGCUCUGAGGGAAAAAUAGCUAACUCCAUGGCUGCUGCUGCUAUAGCCACUGGCAGAGCCUCCUGGUCUUUGCCUGUAGCGCUUGGGUUUUUCAUUCUAGAACAAACAGAAUCUGGGAUCCCAUCAACAGUCAUUUUGGGAGCCUGCAAAGCACAACAGUGGGUAUCGGUGAAGGGAUGUGUGUGAGGGUAUUAAGAUUAAUCAACAUUAACCUCCUUUAGAAAGGUUUCCUUAUUUCUGAGAGCGAGAAAGAGAGAGCGUGAGCUGGGGAGGGGCAGAGAGGGAGGGAGACAGAGAAUCUGAAGCAGGCUCUGUCUGGGCUGUCAGUGCAGAGCCCGACGUGGGGCUCAGACUCACGAACCGUGAGAUCACGACCCGAGCUGAAGUCGGACGCUUAACCAACUGAGAGCCACCCGGGAGCCCCAGCAUCUUAACACCAAUGUUACUAAUCCUCACCAGAAUUUGUGUAGGGCUUUGCAGUUUGCAAAUCACAUUCCACAUAAAUUAUUUCUUUUAAUCCUCCUGGUGGUCCUGGAGCCUUGGAAUUAUUGUGCCUAUUUUGGAGCUGGAUAGACUGAGGCUCAGAAGGGUGAAUUUGCCUGAGAUCCUGUGGAGGGAAGCUCACAGGUUUUCGAUUUUAAUCCUGCGCCCUUGCCGCUCUGAGUGGCCCCCCAGCACAGCUGUGCUGUGAGACCCUAGAUUUACCAAAACAGUACGGGUUGGCCCUACAAAGAAAGGUUGAUGUGCUGUGCAUUUGUUAGAAGAAUUUCAGCGGUAGUAACCUCAGUGCAUUUGAUUUAUAGGAGUUCCUGGCCCUCCGGUCCACUGGAGCAGAGCAUGGGCCGGAAACAGGAAGGUUGGUGAGGGUUCUUCCUCUCAAAUGCUGUCUUUGGUUUGGUAUCCCCUCCCGUGUUGGGGGUAAGAGACCAUUUCCUUCCCACUUCUCCGUAGUUGAGCUGGAUUUGUGCAGGGGGGAGGAAACCCUGCCCUGCCCGCUGUGUUUACCCAGCUGUCCUCACAGGGAGGGCACUAAGCAUCCAGAGGCCCGCCUCCAUCCUCCGCUGGCUGCCCACUUGAAAAGGAGGGUUUAGGUGGCCAUUUUGGUCAGACACAUGUCAUGUCGCAGGCCCGUGGUAGACACAGCAGUGAAUGUCAUAGAGCAUGAGCGUGUCUUGUGUGGCUGUGCCGUCCCUGCGGCCUGAACAAGGGAAGCACCAGGCGCUCGUCCCUCGUUUGGGAUGGCCGGGCUGGAGACGCUUGAUCCUCUCGGGCUCUCCACUCCCACCCCUUCCCACCAGGCCUGCUCUGUGGCCUGCUCCUCCCCUGGGCCCUGGCACCUAUGCCCAGGCGGACCACUUAAGUCUGGGUGUUCGUGGUGACUCCGGUCACCGUCCACCCUUCCACCUGCCCUGGGGCCAGGGCAUCAGAGCCUGUCUGCGCUGGGAAGGGCUGAGGGGCUGAGCAGCUCUGGCCCUUCACCCACAGGUGAAGAAAUACACGGGGAGGAGGGCGCUGGGCGAGCAGAGGCCUAUGUGCUCUGUCUGCCGAACGGGGCUUUGCUCUACCGUUUCUUCGUCUGGGCACUCUUAACAACUACACGUCGUCAGUGUUUUUCCUAACAAUUAGGCUUAUUUCUUGAUGAGGAUUUAAACGGAUCCCGUCUCUCUGGCAACAUUUUCAAAGUCACUUGUACGCGUUCACCCAGCCGUUUGGACUUCCAGGAAUUCACCCUACAGGUGUUCUAACAUGGGGGCGAAGUGAUCUAUUGGAAGAUUAGUCAUUGCUGCCUAUUUGCACUAGCAAAAGACUAGAAGGAGCCUAGCGUCCAUCCACCGAGGGCCGGGAACAAGUUAUGUUGCAUCUAAACCAUGGAAUACUGUGCGGCUGUGGAAGAUAAGGUUGAGACUCCAUGCGUGGGUAUGGAACCGUGGCCGGCAUAGUCUGCUGUGAAAGAAACGGGUGCAGGGCAGCAUGUCUGGUGUGCCUCCAUCUGUGCCAGCUCCUCGCUUCCUGCAAGAGUUUCUCUCAGGGACCCCCUGCUGCCAGGCACCAUGACGGUGAGGGGGGCCGCACUGGCCCCAGAUCCAGUGUCGCCCACGACCGUGGCAGCCUCGCCCAGUGUCUCUGUGACCCCUGAGGGCAGCCCCACGGCCAUGGAGCAGCCUGUGUUCCUGAUGACAACUGCCGCGCAGGCCAUCUCUGGCUUCUUCGUCUGGACGGCCCUGCUCAUCACCUGCCACCAGAUCUACAUGCACCUGCGUUGCUACAGCUGCCCCAACGAGCAGCGCUACAUCGUCCGCAUCCUGUUCAUCGUGCCCAUCUACGCCUUCGACUCCUGGCUCAGCCUUCUCUUCUUCACCAACGACCAGUACUACGUGUACUUCGGCACCGUGCGGGACUGCUACGAGGCCUUGGUCAUCUAUAAUUUCCUGAGCCUGUGCUAUGAGUACCUCGGGGGAGAAAGUUCCAUCAUGUCAGAGAUCAGAGGGAAGCCCAUCGAGUCCAGCUGUGUGUAUGGCACAUGCUGCCUCUGGGGAAAGACUUACUCCAUCGGAUUCCUGCGGUUCUGCAAGCAGGCCACCCUGCAGUUCUGCGUGGUGAAGCCACUCAUGGCUGUCAGUACCGUGGUCCUCCAGGCCUUCGGCAAGUACCGGGAUGGUGACUUUGAUGUCACCAGCGGCUACCUCUACGUGACCAUCAUCUACAACAUCUCCGUCAGCCUAGCUCUCUACGCCCUCUUCCUCUUCUACUUUGCCACCCGGGACCUGCUUAGCCCCUACAGCCCUGUCCUCAAGUUCUUCAUGGUCAAGUCCGUCAUCUUUCUCUCCUUCUGGCAAGGCAUGCUCCUGGCCAUCCUAGAGAAGUGUGGGGCCAUCCCCAAGAUCCACUCGGCCCGCGUGUCUGUGGGCGAGGGCACCGUGGCCGCCGGCUACCAGGAUUUCAUCAUCUGCGUGGAGAUGUUCUUUGCGGCUCUCGCCCUGCGGCACGCCUUCACCUACAAGGUCUAUGCCGACAAGAGGCUGGAUGCGCAAGUACCAACAUACGGCCCUUACGGCCGCUGCGCCCCCAUGAAGAGCAUCUCUAGCAGCCUCAAGGAGACCAUGAACCCGCACGACAUCGUGCAGGACGCCAUCCACAACUUCUCGCCGGCCUACCAGCAGUACACCCAGCAGUCCACCCUGGAGCCCGGGCCCGCCUGGCGCGGCGGCGCCCACGGCCUCUCGCGCUCCCACAGCCUCAGUGGCGCCCGCGACAACGAGAAGACUCUCCUGCUUAGCUCUGACGACGAGUUCUAGGCGCGGCUGCUGGUGGAGAGGACUGGCGCCUCGGCUCAGGGCAGGCUGUGCUCCCCUCCGGCCUCACGCCCGGGCCGGGAGGCAGGCUGGCACAGCUUUGGCGUCGCCCGUUAAUUUAUUGGACCAGAAACACUCACGUGUCGCUUCCAAAAGAACAGCCAGAAGCCGUCUGCCCAGGGGACAGCCCGGGCUCACGACGAGCCUUCAGAAAUAUUUAUACAAGGCCACCCCCGCGCUGCUGGGCGAGGGACAGAGGAUGCGAGGAGCGACUCCCGUGCCCCCGUGGCUCGUCCUGCCAUGUGGCCAUGGUGGACCGGCGGCCGCAGCCCUCUCAGCCCCGACGCGGGUCACGCGCUCCCCCGCGAGACUUCCAGCCCUGCCCCCAACACCGUGCAAUACUCUGACCUGGGCUCUUUCCUGCCUGCUCCCUCCCCUGUGCCCUCUGUCCUUGCUAGAUUAGCCUCACCUCGGGCAGGAGGGGGAGGAGGGAACCCAGAUGCUCCCGGUGGCCUCUCCUGACCCAGGGCCUGCCUGGCGUGCUGCAAGGACCAGAGCGACACCAAGAGCCACAUGGCCCACGUCAGAAGGGCGCUCAGGUGCAUCUGGGCCCCUCCUCUGUUGACGAGACCUCUCCAAGCAGGGGUCUCUGGGCCCCUGGGUGUCCUCUCCGUGGCGGCCCCUCCUGCCUGCCUCGUGCCCCUUCCUCCUGGCCUGCUGAGGGCAGCCAGCAGCCCAACUGCCCUAGCGCUUGGGGUCUGUCUUCUUGAGAGCCAUUUUGGGCAGGGCCCUUGCUUCCCGGCUGCUCAAAGCGUCGGCGGCUCCCAACCCUCCUUCGCGGGCUGAGCAGUGAGAACCUCCACAGGGUCCUGGCCUCUCCCUAGGGCUUCUCCUUCCCACCUCAGGGGAAGGGUCUGAGUUUCCACAUCUCAGACCAGCUUCUGGAGGAACACGGUCUUGUGGAAGGGAGGACGGAAGGAUGGGGCAUGCAGCAGGGAGUUGGGAAGUGGGAGUGGUAACCCCAGACUCCUCUUCCUGGCGCCGUAUCCACACAGGGCCCGGUGUCCUGCCUCGGCUGGCCCCUCGGCCCAUCUCUUCUGUGCCUUAGUCACAUACGAAAGCUCCCCCUUCCUAGGCCCUCAGUCUGUCUGGCCGCAGACAGCCCCUGGGGGCGCCCUAUCAAGCUACUGGCGCUCAGGAUCCUGCAGUGCUGGGCCACGCACCCUCGGACACGGGCCUUAGGGGUGGCCAGGAUCACCGGUCCCCUCCCCUCGCUCACCUCCAAGCCCAUACACCUGGAGCCUCCUAGGGCCGGAUCCCCCCCCCCGCCCCGCCAGGCAGGCAGGGCUUAUGCCGGCCACUGUCUUUCUUCGGAAGAGCCUCUGGACAGAUAACGAUGUAACGAUCGUACAGGCGGAGCCUUCUGUCCUUUGACACCCAGAGGGCGCUGGGGUUUGGGCUGUAACAGCCUGGAGAAGGUGACAGGGUGAGGAGGGCCCUGCCCUGUGGCACCAGAACUUCACCUGGAGUCUCUUCCUUUUCGUUCAUUACUGGAAUGAACUGUGCCAAGGGUCUGCUGGGGUGGGGGUGGGGGUGGGGUCCACGACAGCCGUCUUCCCAGGCUUCCUUUGGCCCUUGUGACCCAGCCGGCCCCCAGGUCACAGAGGCCUGCGUGCAAGGGUCCCGGAGGCCAGCUCUC